CUUCCUAAUUUGUUUGCAUUCUUGAACCAUACGACUACUCGACUCUCCUAAUCCCUGUAGGAUUUCAAGAUUGGAUGUUUUUGCCCCUAUAAAUACGUCAAGUAUGAUGCUUCUUUUCUGUCAUCAUCCCGAACUUAUGCAAAGGCCAGAAAUGCCCGCAGACUACAUAUUCCGGCCGUCGGACGCUGAGCUAAUGGGUUACCUUGCCUUAUUCGUCGCCGGAAAACCAGUGAAUUCAGAGAUUCCGAUAUCGGAGAAGGAUCUAUACAGCGCGAUAGAGCCAUGGCAGAUUUUCGAGAACUCAGCCGAACGGAUUUUGUACUUUUUCACGCCUUUGAACAAAAAGAGUCCCGGAAAUUCGCGUUACAUUCGGAGAAUUGGAGACGGAAAAGGAACUUGGAAAGCUCAGGAUAAGGGUAAACCCGUUUACAGAUCCGAUAGUUUUGACGGCCGAGAACAGAAAGUACUCAUCGGAUUCAAGAAAAGCUUGAGAUACGAGAACAAAGAAUUGCCGGAACACGACGGUCGAUAUCUAAUGAAAGAAUAUUACUUUACGGAGAAGAUAAGAACCGGUCUUAAGGCACCAUUGAAGGAUUAUGUCCUAUGUCGAAUAAAACGAAAACGAGAUGAGGGGUCUACAAUUUUUGAAAGUCCCUGCAGAGAAGCUGCAGACAUUAGUGAUGUCAUUGGCAAAUCACUUCUCAGAUUUGCACUUCCAAAAGUUCAACCAAUUGAAAAUGAGCAUAUUGAAGAUUCAAUAAUUGGUUCGCAAUUGGGAAAAAAUCAACCAGGUGAAAAUGAGCCUAUUGAAGAUUCAAUAACUGUUUCGCAUCAGAGAAUAAGUCAACCAAUUGAAAAUGAGCGUAUUGAUGAUUCAAGCAUUGUUUCGCAGCAGAGAAAAAGUCAACCGAUUGAAAACGAGAAUGUUGAAAAUUCAAUAAUUGUUUUGCAGCAGGGGAAAAAUCGACCAAAUGAAAAUGAGCGUAUGGAAGAUUCAAUAACUGUUUCGCAGCAGAAAGUAGAGGAAACUAGUAAUUACUAUUAUGGGGAGUUAGAUUUAUUCCCUAAAUCCCCGGGUUUUCGUUAGAAAUAGGAAUAUGGAACAUAUAUACCCCUCAACAAUGUCAUAGAGAACAUAUAUACAUAACCCCUCAUCUAGUUUUGAGUACAAAAAAUAUACCCUUUCCUUCCUUUAGGCCAUGGCCGUUGCCG